AUGCUAAGAGGAAUAAAUGAAAAUUGGAAACAACCAAUUGCUUAUUUUCAUGUUUCAAGUAGCUGUACCGGUACUGAUCUGAAAGACAUAAUUAUGUCAACAAUUUGUCGCCUCCAAAAUAUUAAACUUAAUAUCAAAGCUUUUAUUACAGAUCAGGGCACAAAUUUUGUAAGUUUUUCAAAAAGCUUUUAUGUUUCUCCUAACAAGCCAUAUUUUGAAGUAGAUGGCAAACAAAUUUUUUACAUUUUUGACCCACCACAUCUUUUGAAAUCGACUCGGAACAUGUUUUUUAAACACAACUUUUUAAUUAAUGAUUCAAUUGUAACUAAAGCACAUAUUGAUUCUUUUUACAACUAUAACUCUGAAAAUAAUCUUCGCUUGGCCCCAAAACUAAAACAUGCACACAUUCAUCCAGGACCAUUUGAAAAAAUGAGAGUUUAUUUAGCUGCCCAAAUUUUCAGUAAUAGUGUUGCUUCUGGUAUGUCUACGACUUUCACGUCUGGUAUUUUGCCUCCUAACGUCCAAUACACUAUUGAUUUCAUCAGUGAUAUGGACAAAUUAUUUGACAUAUUCAAUUCUUAUAAAGCACCUAAUCUUAAAGAAUUGAAUAGACCAUUUAAAAAUACUGAAUCACAAAUUAAUCAUUUAAACAAAAUGGCUGAAGUUUUUAGGAACAUGAAAGUUGUUAAUAAAUUAAAUGGAACAAAUAUUACCAACAUGAUGAAUUUUAUUAAUGGUUGGUUGGUUACAAUAUCUUCAUUAAAAAUGUUGUGGUACUCCUUAAAUCCAACUAAAAAUCCAAAUUAUGUUCUUUAUACUAGGUGCCUAAAUCAAGAUUGUUUAGAAAAUGUAUUUUGUUAUUUCCGCCAACAGCAUGGAAACAAUUUAAAUCCUACACCAAUUGAGUUUUCUAGGUCAUUUAAAAAAAAUGUUUGUGCUAAUUAUUUUAAACAUUCUCCAGGUGCAAAUUGCAUUGAAGAUUUAGAUGAAAUUUUAGGUUCAGAGCUACAACAAUGUGAAAAGAUUCUUAAUUUUGAAGGAUCAGACAAAAAUCGUUUUUAA